GUGUCCUUUAAAAAUCUAUUAACAUUGGGAAAGAGUUGCAAAUCUCUGCGAUCAUAGUGGUUAUUUAGAAGAGCUAUGUCCAGUCACGAGGGUCCUUACCACCAAGGUAAUAAUUCAUUCUAUCAGGAUGGUUUCUACCCAACGAAUUACGAUCAAAACACGUCAGUGCCGUAUGAAAAUUACGCCCAUCAAUAUGGCGGAGCUUCUGGGAAUUCGAGCGGUGGAUUUUAUAACUAUUACAAUGGAGGCAGUCAGUUUCAAUCGCCUUACACGGGGAACAUGAAUCAAGGGAUAACACAAGUCGAUGAAGCCCAUGGCACAGAUUUUGACAACGAACCGCCGUUACUCGAAGAGCUAGGGAUCAACUUCGAACAUAUUUGGCAGAAGACACUUUCAGUUUUGAAUCCUUUUAAAGCGACUGAUUCGCAUAUUAUGGAUGACACAGAUCUAACAGGACCUCUCUUGUUUUGCUUGGCAUUUGGAGGUUUCCUUCUCCUCCACGGUAAAGUUCAAUUCGGUUAUAUCUACGGUUUCAGUGCGCUAGGAUGUGUGGCCAUGUAUAUCGUUCUUAAUUUGAUGAGUCUCACUGGAGUGUCUGUCGGGUGCGUUAUAAGUGUCCUUGGUUACUGUCUUCUGCCCAUGGUGGGACUGUCUGGUGUCUCACUGGUCAUGUCACUUCAAGGAUAUCUUGGAUCAAUUCUUACAGCAGUAGUCAUCGGCUGGUGUAGCUUGUCAUCAUCAAAGCUAUUUGUGACAGCUCUUGCUAUGGACUCUCAGCAACCUUUGGUGGCAUAUCCUUGUGCUUUAGUGUAUGGAAUUUUUGCACUGUUAACUGUGUUUUGAGAGUCUGCCACAGAGCUCUUGCUAAUAAUAAUUAUAAAACUUUGUGUAGCCCCCACUCCCCCCCCUCCUUUCCUUGCUAAGAGACAAACUGAAAAACUGUGUUGCAUACCAGAGAAUUUCUUUAAGGGGGCAAUUGAAAUAUUCUUAUACUUUGAACUUAACUUGCAGACCAGUGUCAACACAUGCAACUACAUUUAACCCUUCAGCUCCCAACCUCAGAAAGUAAAUUCUCUUACCUGUGGACUUUACACUUCUGUUGGCUAAUUGUCUGAAUAUUUAGUACAGGAAUAUAUCCAGACACAUUCUAGGUAUUUAUCUCAGUUUUAUCAAAUCUGUUUACCUUACUGUUUAUAUUAAAUUUGUAAGGUGAAGUUGUUGUAGUUAUUCUUCUUGGGUCAAAGGCUCGUGGACAAAUUGUCAUUUUGACAUUGGAACAAUAGUAGACUGUCAGAUCAAGUGAAUUCUGGAACUCAAAUGAUAUUGUCCCUCUAGACUGCUUGACCAAAAACUGCAGUUUGUGAAUGCGUUUGCACAAAAUCCUAGAAAAAAAUAGCAAUUUGCCCAUGUGAUAAUUAUGUGUAGCUAAUUAAAUCAAUUAUCUAAGUAUUUUGUCUACAAUUCUUCUUUACAAAGCUGAAUCUAAAAAGUCUACCAAAGUGAAUUUAGAGGAAAGGUUACCAAAAAUCUUAAAAUGGCAUCAAAGUUCUUCUAAGAUGGAUUAGAUACUUUGCAUGUGGCAAGAAGAAUGCAGUCUGCAAUGCUUAGGUCUACUAAUUUCAUGCACAAAGUGUGAGCAAUAACACGUUCUCACCAGUGACUCAAUUGCUGUUUAAUCCUUUAACUUCCAAGAUCAGAUUGUCAAUUCUCCCCUCUAACUGCGACACAUUUCCUUGUAAAUUAUUUAUG